ACCAUAUCAGAAGCAGGUAGAGUGACCGUCCUUCAAGAUCAUCACAAAAUAAAAUGGCAUUCAUUAUAAAAAGAGAUCAUUUUUAGAUAGACGUAUCAGUAGUCGAUUGGACAAGAUCGAAAAUGAGAGCCUUCUUGUGUUUUGCACUCCUCGCUUUGUCCACUGUCAAUGCAGCUGAGGACAAGAAGAAAGAUGGUGUCUCAGCGAUCAAAUCCAAACGCCAUAUUGGUUAUGGAUAUGGAGGACUCAUAAACGGGAUUGAAAGCUAUUCAGCUUACUCAGCCCAAGUACCACACACUGUCGAAGACCGUGUCCAAACCCAACACGUGCAAGUGGCAGUACCCCAACCCUAUCCAGUCACCGUCGACAGGCCGGUAGCGGUACCACAAGCAGUUCCCGUAGACGUACCCCGGCCAUACGAAGUACCAGUACAUGUGAGAGUACCAGUAGAUGUUCCCCGGCCGUACGCUGUCAAUGUCCCGGUACCAGUAGCGGUGAAGGAACAGGAGAAUGUACCCGUGGAAGUACCUAGGCCGUACCCUGUCGAGGUUAUCAACAGGGUACCAGUGGAGGUCCUUAGGCGUGUAGUAGUCAAGGAGCCAGUCGCUGUCCGAGUUUCCAUCCCCCAACCCUACCCCGUUGAAGUACCGACCCCCGUUCAAGUACGAGUACGUACCCCAGUUUACGUAAAAGAACGCCAGUACGUUCACACCUACGAACCUCAACACAGCUACAGCUACGGCUUAGCAAACAGCUACGGCUACGGUUUAGGAAACAGCUACGGUCUACAAAGGAGCUACGGCUACGGACUAGUACCUGUACCGAUAUUAGCGACCAUUCAACUCAUUGUAGCCAGAGAAACAAAUUUGGCGAAAAUCAGCGAUACCUUAUUCGUGAUCCUCGAAGUUGGUAUUUGUAUUCUGAAGUUCUUGCCCUUCAAGAACCGACAGGACGAUAUAAAGAGAACCAUACACACCGUGAAUAGCGAUAACUUCAAUAGAGCCACAGGAGAUCAAUCGCACAUUAUCGAGGAGGCUGUGAAGAGCUGCCGGAGAAUGUUUGUUAUUUUCAUGAUACUGUGUCUGGGGAGUCUGUUUACUUGGCCCAUUAAGGUGUUGUUCUACGAGAGAAGGAGAUUCCCUAUCGAUGUCUGGUUGCCGUUCGAGCCCUUUGAAGAUAUUAGGGUCUAUCUGGGAGUAUUCUUGUGUAUUUUUAUAGCUACUGGUAAUGCACCAAUCGGCAACGCAGCAGUUGAUACUCUGAUACCUGGCCUAAUUCUUCACGCUGCCACUCAAAUCAGAAUAAUCAAAGACAAACUGGAAAAACUAGGAAGGAUGGUGGAAAAAGAUAUUCCUGAAGAGUGCAAGGAUAUUUCUCUGAGAGAAAAGGAUGAUCUCAAAAAUGCUAUGAUAUAUAGGAAUAUAUGUGAUAAUAUUGAACACUACGAAACCAUAUAUCAGUAA